CGAAGACGAACCCCACCCUCUCUCUCCCCCUCUCUGUACACUGCUUCUGCUGAAUUUUAGUGCCCAAGCAGCAAAAACCAAAGAGGAAGAGGAGGAAGAAUAGGUGCACUUGAAAGGCAUGGUGGUUUCGGGACUCGGCCAUCGGACUUGAAGCGCUUCGCGAUCUUUCGUGUUCUGGGUUUUGACUCGAACGCGGAAACCAGCGUCCCAGGGGACGUCCAGUUGAAGAGAAAGAGGAAAGAGGACUCCGAAGGGUUUUGAACACAGCGCUUCUCUAUUCUUGGUGUGUAUUUACGUUUGGGAGGGAAGAAGAAAAAUUAAGAGAGAGAGCAAAGAUGUUUGGAGAUUGCCAGGUGAUGUCAUCCAUGGGAGGGACUGGUAUUUCCGCCGAGUCCCUCUUCUCGUCGCCCAUCCGAAACCCUAACUUUGACUUCAUGUCGAGCUUGCCCUUCAACGCCUUCGCUCCGCUCAUUCCGAAAGAAGAAGAGAUUAAUGGAAUGAUGGGAGGGAGCAGCAACAGCAAGGAGGAGAUGGUGGACAGUGGAGGGUCGGGGAGUGAGCAUUUCUUGGAAGAGAAGUCGUCGGCGAACGAGCUAUUAGAUCUAGACGGCGGCGAUCAAGAUCAGCCUGCUAACAAGAAGAAGCGUUACCAUCGACACACCGCUCGUCAGAUCCAAGAAAUGGAAGCAUUGUUUAAGGAAUGUCCUCAUCCGGACGACAAGCAGAGGAUGAGGCUGAGCCAGGAGCUAGGGCUCAAGCCUCGCCAGGUCAAGUUCUGGUUCCAAAACCGGCGAACCCAAAUGAAGGCACAACAAGACCGAGCUGAUAAUGCGAUACUGAGGGCCGAGAACGAUAAUCUGAAGAAUGAGAAUUACAGGCUUCAAGCAGCCUUGCGCAACAUAGUGUGUCCUAAUUGUGGAGGCCCAGGGAUGCUGGGAGAGAUGGGCUUUGAUGAGCAGCAGCUUCGCAUCGAAAAUGCUCGACUAAAGGAGGAGUUGGAACGUGUGUGCUGUCUAGCUUCACGGUACAGCGGCCAACAAAUACAAUCAAUUCCAGUGCUGCCGCCGCUGUCUCUUUUACCACCAUCGCUUGACUUGGAGAUGACCAUCUACCCACCAAGGCAUUUCCCGGAAGCCAUGUCCUCUUGCUCAGACAUCAUGCCCAUGCCUUUGUUGCCGCAAGACACUCCACACCACUUGUCCGAAAGCACUGGCCUCAUACUCAUGGAAGAUGAAAAAGCACUUGCCCUAGAGCUCGCCAUGUCCUCCAUGGAGGAACUCUCAAAAAUGUGCCUCGCGUCCGAGCCCCUUUGGGUCCAGAGCAGUGAGAGCGGAAAGGUAGUGCUCAAUUUCGAGGAGCAUGCGCGGUUGUUCCCAUGGCCAUUGAACAAUAAUCUCAAGCAAAACUCAGACAAGCUUAGGAAAGAAGCUAGUAGAGACAGUGCUGUUGUUAUAAUGAAUAGCAUUACUCUGGUUGAUGCCUUCAUGGAUGCUGGCAAGUGGAUGGACUUGUUUCCCACCAUUGUUUCUAGGGCAAAAAAUAUUCAAGUCAUAGCAUCAGGCGUCGCAGGUCAUGCAAGAGGAUCUCUUAACCUGAUGUACGCAGAAUUGCAAGUUCUUUCACCGAUGUUACCGACACGAGAGACAUACUUCCUUCGUUAUUGCCAACAAAAUGUGGAUGAGGGAAGUUGGGCGAUUGUUGAUUUUCCCAUGGACAGCCUUCACAACAAUCUCGCUUCACCACCUUCUAUGCCCAGAUACAUCAGACAACCUUCCGGUUGCGUCAUUCAAGACAUGCCCAAUGGCUACUCAAGGGUGACCUGGGUCGAGCAUGCAGAGAUUGAGGAGAAAGUGGGGCACCCACUGUUUAGUCAGUUUGUGAAGUGUGGCAUGGCAUUUGGAGCACAUCGGUGGUUGGCGGUCUUGCAAAGACAGUGCGAGAGGGUCGCCAGCCUCAUGGCCAGAAACAUAUCCGAUCUCGGAGUGAUACCGUCUCCGGAGGCGAGGAAGAACCUGAUGAGGUUGGCUCAGAGGAUGAUAAGGACAUUCAGCACCAACAUCAGCACCUCCGGUGGCCAAUCAUGGACGGCGCUAUCGGACUCCUCCGACGACACCAUCCGCAUCACCACCAGGAAAAUCACCGAGCCCGGUCAGCCCAACGGCGUUGUCCUCGCCGCCGUAUCCACAACCUGGCUUCCCUACCCUCACCACCAUGUCUUCGAACUCCUGAAGGAUGAGCGCCGCCGAUCUCAGCUAGAUGUGCUUUCAAAUGGGAAUUCUUUGCAAGAGGUGGCUCACAUUGCGAAUGGUUCUCACCCUGGAAAUUGCAUCUCUCUCCUUCGCAUCAAUGUGGCGAGCAAUUCGUCGCAACAUGUGGAGCUAAUGCUUCAGGAGAGCUGCACCGACGCCUCCGGUAGCCUCGUCGUCUACUCCACCAUCGACGUUGACUCCAUCCAGCUCGCCAUGAAUGGCGAGGACCCUUCCCACCUUCCUCUUCUCCCUAUCGGCUUCUCCAUCGUCCCCUUCGGAUCGGGUUCACCCGGAUCCGACUCCGGCGCCAAUGACAACCUGGGGCUCGACGCUUGCCCUCAAGGCGAAGGUUGCCUCCUGACGGUGGGGCUCCAAGUCCUGGCCAGCACAAUCCCAACAGCCAAGCUCAGCCUCUCCAGCGUGAACGCCAUCAACAACCACCUCUGCAUGGCGGUCCACCAAAUCACCGCCGCCCUCGCCAGCAGCUCCAGCAACGGCAAUUCUUCCCCAGCCCCCUGCAAUGUCCCUGAGCUGGCGGUGGCUCCGUGUCCCGACCCUACCGAUGCUAAGCAAAUCAGUGCUUAGUUAAUUAUCAUGGAAUUGCACCCCAAAAAGGAUUAGUCUUUUAGCAUUAUGGGGGUUUGGGGAAUGAAGAGAGGGGGACAUCAUGGGUAAACUACUCGGGGCAAGAAGCUAAGGUAAGUAAGAAUAACGAGAUCAGAAGGGUGGUUAAGCAGGGAAGUCUCAUGUUCAUUUUGUUGGUUUCUUUUUUGGAGAGACUAAUGUUGUUGUAGCUGAACUUAGGUGGGGGGGUGGGUUUGAAUUUUUCAUUCCAUUUCGUUCUUUUGAGGGGGCAGAUUUCAGUUAGGAACUAUGGUGUGUAGCAACGGCAGCAGCAGAAGCUGCUGCUGGAGUAGUAGGGGACAAAACCUUUGAAAACAAUGGGUGGUAAGGAGGAGUCAAGAGCGCACCAGAGAUUGACCCCCGUCGCUUUGCUCCGCCGAGGCGAGGUGGGUGGGGAUUGAAUGCACCCCCACUUGGGCCUCCUCGCCGGUCGAGCAAACUAGGGGGGUGGUUGGUUCGGGAAUUGACUCCUGUCGGCCCAUUCUGGCUUUUCGUGCUUUCAAUUCAAUGCCAAAUUCAAUGCUUUCUGAA